AUGGCGUUUUGUCUGUUUAACAAUGUGUUUCUAUCACAAUCGAAAUCUAGUUUCUUUAAACGUGGGUUGGAACGUGCGUUCGUCCCUUCGAGGGAGAGAGCUGUAGAAUCGUUUUCACACCGUAACUUUGCGAGGAGUAGAGAUGCCAAGUUAAACGCUAUAACAUCCGGGUUACCAGGAAAGAACCGGAUGUUAACAAAGUCGGAGUUGAAGAACUUCCCUGGCCAUUUACAAAGGUACAAAAAGUACGGUGGUUUGCCAGAGUUUCACAAUGUGGACCGCAACCGCCACGGAUUUAUUGCCCUUCCCACUGAUCGUUUUAUGCUUGUACUAACAACAUCAAAAAACAAUGUACAUGCCCAGUUGGUGAACCGUAGCAGAAACAAUCGCACUGUGUUCGGUUCGUUUGCCGGUAACGUGGGCAUCAACAAGAAGCAGCAGCAAACCGAGCGCUGCGCAUAUCGCAUAGGUGAGAACAUGGCCAAAAAAUGCAAAAGGCUGGGUGUAUUCGCCGUGGAUGUCAAGUUUCGGAGAUUAAUGCGUAUAGAGACGGUGUUACAAGCAUUCCAGGCCGAGGGUCUACAAAUAGGCCAGCUCAUCCACGAGCCUCGUCUCCCCAAAACAGGGAUCAAUUCUGUGCGCCCGAGGCGUCGACGCAGGGUGUAA